AUGAGAAAACCGCAUAUCUUUGCCAACAACCCGCUGAACCGGGGGGAAGUUGAACGCCGCGAUGAGGAGUGGGUAGCCCGCGAAGCGACGGAUGCCCGUAGCAAGUACCUGCCGUUUCGCAAUCUGAACGUACUGCUGACCGACGAGUCGCCGCCGGAACUGGGCUGGCUUCCCUCCCGGCAGGUGCAGCCGCUGCCGGCCGGCGCAGAAUGGAUAUUUUUGGGGAUGCUGGACGGCGUUUCCCACUUUGCGGUUGACCUGUCCACGGACUCCGCUGCCGCUGAACGGGUUGAGCAUGACACGGGGUGGCACUUUGAGGACUGCCGCAGCGCCGGCGAGCAAAUGUCCAGCGUCAACACGGGGAUGCUUGCCCAGGCACGGGCCCAGCUGGACUGGAACCUGCGGCAUGGAUUCUGCUCGGUGUGCGGCCAUGCCACCAACAAGGGCCGCGGCGGGCAGGUGCGCCAGUGUCCGGGCUGCAACGCCAGCCAUUUCCCCCGCACCGAUCCCGUCAUCAUCACCGUCGUUGUGGACGUGGACGCCGACCGUUGCCUGCUGGGUCAGUCCCGGGGGCGUCUCCAGAGGAUGCGCGCCUAUUCGGCGCUGGCCGGCUUUAUGGAUCAGGGUGAGUGCAUCGAGGAAGCGGUGGCGCGGGAGGUGAUGGAAGAGGCCGGCAUCAAGGUGAAGAACGUGCGCUAUCACUCAUCCCAGCCGUGGCCGUUCCCGUCCUCCCUGAUGAUUGGCUGCAUCGCCGAGGCGGACACCACCAACAUCAACAUGGACAACGAAGAGAUGACCGACGUGCAGUGGUUCGACCGCGCCGAGGUGCUGAAAGCCCUGGAAGGACGCAGCGAAGAGCUAACGGUACCGGGCCCCAUAGCCAUCGCCCACCACCUCAUCAAAGCCUGGGCCACCGGAGAGAAGUUUUUAGGGGCGGUUGCCCCCUCUCCCUUGAUCGGAGAAGGUUGGGGCCAGGGCGAAUGA